UAGCAAGCAUGAACCCCAACAACCAGCAGCAGUCCAACCGGCUGCAACUCAACUUUGGCUUCCAGGGAGCUCAGAACUUCGGAGCUGACCAGGGCCGCGCCUAUCCCACCACCCCCUCGACCUUCCCGCAACCCUUUCCCAAUCCCCAGGGACAACAAGAGGUAUGGGGUACCGCACAGCCUGGUAUGAACUCUGGCUUCACCAACCAAGGCUAUUUUGCAAACAACCCAUACACUUCUGCCGUCCAGCAACAGCAGGCCAACCUGCACGCCCAGCAAGCCUACAGGCCUCAGCCAAAUCAAGCCCAGCAGCCACAACAGCAACAAUAUCACGAUGCCGCUACCAACGGCCUGGUGCACCAGUUCUCCAACCAGAAUCUUGGUGGUCCGCCUCGCGCUCAGAGCCCAUAUGCUCGUCAAGUUUCGCCCAAUCCCAAUCCCAACCCCAACCCCAACCGACCACGUACCGCCAAUUCGACCCAUCAACAGCACCAACACUAUUCGGGACCAUCUCUGUCAGAUGAAGAACCCCCACCGAAGAACCCAGAGCGCUUCUCCACCAGCAUUGGUAACCGUGCGAAGUUGCAGACGGAGCUCGUUAGCACUUUCUUCCGUGACAGUGUAGAGCGAGCUCGCGACCGAAAUGCUCGCCCAUAUCUGGACUGUUUGAUCCGACUGCUGACUGUUUCACUAGUGNCUCAAGAGCUCGAGACGAUUAUGAAGGAUGCCACAGUAUCAGACUCUCGCAAACAGCAGAAGACGACUAGCAUGCGUCGCUCCGAAGCGAACUUCCUGCGUUUCCUUCGUACCAGCGAGAGACCUCAGAACUACUCGACACUCAAGAUCAUUGGAAAGGGAGCCUUUGGUGAAGUCAAGCUCGUGCAGCGCAAGCACGAUGGCAAGAUCUACGCUCUCAAGUCUCUUGUCAAGGCUGAAAUGUUCAAGAAAGAUCAACUCGCUCACGUGCGUGCCGAACGCGACAUCCUUGCAAACGCCGACAGUCCCUGGCUCGUCAAGUUGCACACCUCGUUCCAGGACUCAACCUUCCUUUACAUGCUCAUGGAGUUCUUGCCUGGCGGUGAUCUCAUGACAAUGCUGAUCAAAUACGAAAUUUUCUCCGAAGACAUUACUCGUUUCUACAUGGCCGAGAUCACACUGGCUCUGGAAGCUGUGCACAAACUCGGCUUUAUCCAUCGACUGUACACAACUGACAAGGCCCCAGUGNAUAUCAAACCUGACAACAUCUUGCUCGACCGAGGUGGUCAUAUCAAGCUCACUGAUUUUGGUCUGUCGACCGGCUUCCACAAGGAACACAAUGCCUCAUACUAUCAACAACUCAUGUCAAACGCUCGCUCACGCGCGACGGCCGCCAAUCGCCAGUCCGUCUCACUCGACCAGAUCCAGUUGACUGUCAGCAAUCGCCACCAAGUAAACACCUGGCGCAAGUCCCGUCGCCAGCUCGCAUACUCGACCGUCGGCACUCCUGAUUACAUCGCUCCCGAGAUUUUCAGUGGCAAAGGUUACGACUACCGUUGCGACUGGUGGAGCGUAGGCACUAUUAUGUUUGAAUGUCUUAUUGGAUGGCCUCCAUUCUGUGCAGAGGAACCUCACGAUACAUACCGCAAGAUUGUCGACUGGCCAAGAAACUUGCACUUCCCUCCUGACCAACAGAUUGGUGCCGAAGCAGAACACUUUAUCCGCAGCUUGAUCUGUGAUGCCGACAAUCGCCUUGGUCGCCUCGGAGGUGGUACCGAGAUCAAGCAGCAUCCCUUCUUCCGAGGUGUUGUCUGGGACCAACUUCGUCGCAUCCGUGCUCCGUUCGAGCCCAAGCUCUCAUCCGCAAUCGACACACAGAACUUCCCCAUCGACGAGAUCCCGCAGACAGACAACAGCGCUGCACUUCGCGCGCAGAACGAGGCAAUGGGUGGAGAGGAAGCCAGCAUGAGCUUGCCCUUCAUUGGUUACACUUACAAGCGUUUCGAUGCUUUCCGUGGUAGU